CAAUGAGAGCAAGUGCAGGAUGAGGCUGCGUUGGAAGUGAAAAAAAAACAGCAUGUUUGCAAUUAUAAUCACAUCGGCCCUCUUUGGGUUUAAAGCUAAAAUACCUUUCACAUGCAUAAUUAACUUGAGAGGCGCAAAUGCGGAACUGUACCAUUGUCAUGUCAAGAAGGCGGCUGAGCGCGCAGCAGAGAGGCGGACCAGUGACAGUUUGUAAUGGAGGACUCAAUUGAGGUGAUUCUGCAAGACCAUGGAAAGGUCUUUUCUACCAACAGACCCCACCCCGUCCUGUCGGCCUGCACAGGGGCUCUGCUCACUGGCCUGUAUGGAGUCUGGAGAAUGUUUUGUAUGCCUGGAUCCCGAAAAAUCCCGUUGAACCUAUUGGUUCCUUAUUUGCCCUCCAGUAAAGGUCAGACAAGGAACAUUAUGCAGCUGCUUGAGGGACGAACAGGACGCUUAGCAGAUCUCGGAUCAGGAGAUGGAAGACUGGUUUUUGCAGCCUCUUCUGCUGGCUUCCAAUGCACAGGGUUUGAGAUCAACUCAAUUUUAGUGGCCUAUUCCAGGAGCAAGGCUCGCUUGACAGGAGUGACCUUCAGCCAGGCAACCUUUGUUAAAAAAGACUUUUGGAAAUCUGAUUUGUCUUCGUACAACAAUGUGACAGCUUUCCUUUCACCAGGUUUGAUGGAGGUGCUGGGUGAGAAGCUGUUGAAAGAGCUUCCUGAUGAUGCGUGUGUCAUCACCACUCGUUUUCCUUUCCCCAACUGGCCACUGCAACAGUCUGUUGGCUCUGAUCUUGAUGAGACUUUUGCGUAUGACAUAAGCACUGUGCGCUCACAGCUGAGAGAAGGAACCAAAAUUGUGGAUUAUUAAUUCACAGUCUCUGGGUUAUUUUAUCUUCUAGCACAUCAUUUGGAGAUAUCUGUCAGUUAUGAGCACUGAUCAGGUGGGAUCCUUUUGCAAAAUGUUCUAAUGAGGAUUAGAAGGAUGACAGGGACUCUGCCUUGCAACAUGUCAGGAUGAUUUUGACAUUACUUAUCUUCUGCAGUAAUUUAUCAAACAGUGCACAUCCAGAGCAGACUGAGCCUUUGUAAUAUUGCUGACAAUUUUCUUAUAAAUCCCAUUGUGCAA